AAACUUUCUGACAAAUCAAUUAAUUUUACAAACAAAAGAAUAACACAUUUCAAAUUAUCAUUUCGACUUCCAGCAGCAUAGAGGUUAUGUGGUAAUGUUUUGGUUUGGUGUGUAUUGGCUGAUGAUAUGAAUGAAACGUGGAACUGCGUCAGUUUCGAAAAAGUGGAAUGUCUGGAACGGUUGUCUUAGGAGCGGGACUUGGGGGUCUGUCGUUUGCCCACUAUUACUUGAAGAGAUUUCCUAAAGAGACGGUGACAAUUCUGGAAGCAUCAGAACGUGUAGGGGGUUGGAUGCGCUCCAUUAAGAAAAAUGGGUUGAUAAUCGAAAAGGGACCGAGGAGCAUUAGACCAAGAGGUUUGCCAGGGGCUAACACCUUGCAACUGGUGCAAGAUUUAGCUCUUUCUGAACAAAUCGUUGCAAUUCCUUCGAAUCAUCCUGCUGCAUUAAACCGAAUGAUUUACGUCAACGGAGAACUACACCGUCUUCCAAAUAAUGUGAUGAGCUUGUUCAAAAAGCAGCCACCAUUUUCUCAACCACUGUAUAAGUACCUGUUGAAUUUUCUAACAAGUGCCACAAAACCCAUACCCGAAAACGACGAAUCCAUAUACAGUUUUGUAAAUCGAAAAUUCGGAAUUGAAGUAGCCGAUUAUUUGAUUAGUCCAUUGAUAUGUGGUAUUUGUGCGGGUGAUGCAAAAGAAAUCAGCGUCAGAUUUUUAAUGGAUUCGUUAUUUGAAAAGGACCAAAGACAUGGGACCAUGCUACAAGCGUUUGUGAUCGACGGCCUAUCAAGUUUUGGUAAAAAGGGGGAAGAUGUUCCCAAAAGUGACUUGUACCAGAAGGCAGCCAAGGAGAAGUGGAGUAUCUUCAGUUUUAAGGAUGGGAUUGAAGUUUUACCUCAAGGAUUGGAAAGAUGGCUCAAAAAAGAGCAGAGGUGUAGUAUUGUCCUCAAUAAACAGUGUAAACAAUUGGAACUGAGUAAAAAUGCCGCAAAAGUGACUUUAAGUGAUAAAAGUGAAAUUCGGGCCAAGCACGUGGUUAGUAGUCUCCCAGCAAGUAAAAUAGGGAAUCUUGUGAAAAAACAGUAUCCGAUUUUGGGGGAUCUUUUGAACAGUAUUCCUACCGUAACAGUAGCAGUUGUUAAUUUAGAAUACGACAAGAAAUUACCCAUUAAGCCUGGAUUUGGUUUUCUAGUCCCUCCAAAAGAAAAUUUACCGAUACUUGGGGUAAUUUUCGAUAGUUGCUGUUUCGAACAUUACCCCAACGAAUUCGAAAACAGAACAUUAUUAACCGUCAUGUUGGGUGGUCGAUGGUACGAUAAAUAUUUUGAUCGAAGUUCUGGGGACGAAGAAAUAUUAAAUAUUACGUUUAAACAUUUAGCAACUAUUUUGAAUGUUAAAGAACGACCGGUUUUUGCUGAUGUAUCGGUUUUAGAAAACUGCAUUCCACAAUAUAUAGUUGGACAUGUAAAACAAGUUAAAGAAAUUCGCAAGUUUGUACAUGAACACGACUUACCUUUAAGUUUAUGCGGAAGUUCGUACGAUGGGGUUGGAAUUAACGAUGUUAUUUUGUCGGCAAAAAAUGCUGUAGAAAGGGGUUCAGGGUAGUUUUAAAAUAAACAAGAAAGCAUGAUGAGAGUUUAUUACACUUUUAUAAAACUGUUAAUAAGUAAUCUUACAAAUGUAUUAUGGUACAUGGUUAUAAAAAAUAAUUUAAA